AUGGCAUCAAUCAAGUACACCAGGUUGCCAACCGCAGAUGACAGUGAUGACAGUGAUAGCAAGAGAAUGACAUUCGACUACUCAUCUGCAUUUACUUAUGAAGACAAGAGCCAUUUUGGAUCAAAAUACAAAUCAGCUUUUACAUACGGAAAUGAGGUUUCCAAGCUGAAGACAUCUGAUAUCACUUCGCCUUCACAGCUUGACAGACUUGCCAAGUUCUUUGUCCUGUUUGGCUACCUUGUAAUCUACAUCUUCACCUUCCCUGUGAUGGUGUGGUUCAGUUUUAAGAAAAUCCCCCAUGAUGAAAGACUGGUGAUAUUCAGGCUGGGUCAUCUGCAUAGAAUGAAGGGGCCAGGAUUCGUGUUUUUGUUUCCUGUUUUGGACCGCUGCCAUACAAUUGAUGUUCGCCUAAAAGCUUUCAGUGUGCCACCCAAACAGGUCAUAACAGAAGAUGGUGCUAUUAUUGAAGUGGGAGCUGAGAUUUAUUUCCAGAUUGUAGACGCUGAAAAGUCAGUGAUCAGUGUACAGAACUUGGAUCAGUCCACCCGAAUCCUGGUGCAGACAUCUCUUUGCAACAUCCUGGCCAAAAAAACACUGGCCGACAUAGAAGCUGAAAGGCGUCUUAUUGCUGAUACCCUCUUGGCACACAGCAACAAGGCCAGCAUGGACUGGGGUGUGGAGAUAUCAAGAGUCGAGUUGUCUCAGAUUAAAAUACUCAGCAAUCCGCCUGAGAAGAAACCUCCCAUGUUUGUGAAACCACCAGGAUUGUUUGGAUUGGAUGCCGGGGGCAUGCCUGAAGCCUUUGCACAGCUAGCUGCGGCCUUAGCAACACCUCAAGGUCCAGGACAAACACAAGCUAUCACGCAGGCGAUGCACUCCAUGGUGGCAGGUUUUGUCCCAGACAUGAACAGCUCCCCCAGCCUGACCUCAGAAACAAAUGACCUGGCUGCGUUUUUAAGAUCAAGUGAUCAUGACAACAUAAAGCAUAAUCUCCAUGAUGGUUGGCCAGGAACAGCCUCCAUGGCACCGUCGUUGCCACCGGCGAUGCCGUUGGCUUCGUCAACACAGACGCCACCUAUCCUCAGACCAGAAGAUGUGUUGGCUCAAAUAAGGAUGUGUUUGUGUGAAAGCAUGGUGGAGAAAGUUCAGGGGACAUAUCAGUUUGAGAUUUCUGGAGCAGGAGCUGGUAUUUAUUAUUUGGAUUUAAAGCAUGGUCGGGGAACCCUGGGCGAAGGUCCAGAUCCAAGUGGUGACCCUGAAGCAACCUUGAGCUUGACCUUUGAUGACCUUCAGGCCAUGUUGCUCGGUGAGCUGAAGCCGUUCCAGGCCUACAUGAGUGGAAGACUGAGAGUGUCUGGGGACACAGCAGCGGCCCUCAGACUUGAAGAGUUGGGCAACAGACUGAAGUCCUUGACUGUGUGA